AUGCAGGCGGUCGACGGCGUGGAGCAGGGCGGGGCGCGGCGGACGGACGCGCACGAGGCACCGCCGGGUUCAGGGAGCGCACCCACAGCGGGGGCCGCGGAGGCGCCGCAGCCCGCAAGGCCCCGCACGUGGCUCGGCUUCUUCUCAGCAGUGUUCUGGGCGACGGAGGAGUUCCUCGCGGACUGUUUCGGCCUCAACGAGAACAAGUACGAGUGGCUCAUGCGGCACCACGCCUACUACUCCGACGCCGACGCAGCGCAGGCGGCCAUCGAGGAGGACUGGUACAGGGCCGAGGAGGAGGCCGACCAGCAAGCAGCGGAGCAGGGACAGGCGCGCGGCGACGCGGCGACGCCGGACGCGGAGGCCGACCGGCCGAGCGUCCAGCAAAUGGCGUGA